AUGGAAGGCGUACAAACCGAAAGCAGCUUCGCUGCCAAAGCCUCAAACCAUAGCGAACGCUCGGCAAACGUCGUCUUUCAGGUCCGCGUCGUCGGAAACAAUCACAAUACUACACCUUUCACCAUGGUACAAGCAUCGAAGGCUCGAAAGAGAGACGAACUUUGGGAUGAGGUCGUCGCAAAGGUGCCCAUUGUGAUGGAUGAAAGAUACAUCGGAACCGAACAGCAAGCAGCCAAUCCAUUCCAUGCGGUUAUGGCUUGGGAAAAUGCAUCUGAAUAUUCACGCUGGUAUCAACGCAAUGUCAAUGAGGGCACGGCGAACACCCUCAAGAUCGAGAUACACUUCCAGAACAACCUGGUUGGGAAUGAGGAGUACUUCAAGCACUAUGAUGUGCUUGUGGACGCUGGCCUUGGGAAGGUCACCUUGGAAAAGAAGGACCUGAUGGAAUACCAUCUCGUUGCGCCGAUGGAGGUAAACCCCUUCAUCGCAGUCGUUCCUGGUACCAGUGAGUGGUUCCCAGAGCGCGAUGCCAUCGACUACCUCGCUGACGGUGGAGGAUGCCCAAUCUGCAAGGAGAAGGCCGAGACGCUGGGUUUGACGAGCGGCAGGAAUGGCAAGAAGAAGAAGGCCAAACGAUGA